CUGCUUCGUCAGAAAGAGCUUGUAUGAUUUGGUUUCUGCCACACCAUUUCACAUCGUAGCUAAACACACAUCCAGACAGUGGACCAGCAAAGAGGACCUGAACUUUCACCUGGUGGCAACUGAGGAGUCUGUCUGCAGAGUGACGGGAUAUGCUGUCUCUAAAGCAUGGGCCAAACUGGAGGACAACGGCAUCACCUACUGCACCCUCUUUAACCUCAUGGACGGCAGCGGACUGGUGGAAGCUGAGGGUUUUAGGCAAUACACCAAUGAAUGGAUUUGCCUGGAUUACUCCACUGCCAACUGCACCGUCUACUGAUGAGUUUUUGAUGUGAUUUAUAGGUCAAGCUUUAUUUUGAUGGUCCGUUUGUUGAAUUCAAGUUACAUUACAUCUUCAUGCUGACUAAUUCUUAUUAGAUUAUAAGUAGACUGUUAGGCUGGGGUUAUGGUUAGUGUAAGCUGACAUGUACAGAUAUUAAGCAGACAGUCUACUAGUACUCAAAUGGACCAUCAAAAUAGUGUUACCGAUUUAUACACUGAAAACAUCAUGAAAUGUGUAGCUUUUUUAGCAUUUUCUGCAGUCGCUCAUAUAGUUACUGUGCUAUUCAUCAUUACUAAUGCCAGAUCAGUAUGUGUAGUUUAAACUUGAGUGCAUACUUGUAUAAAUAAACCUUAAAACAUUAAUGUGUUGAA